AUGUCCUCAAAUUUUUUCCAAUUAGCCCAAAAUAUCAUCAACGAUUUGGUGGAUUGCUUACCACCGGAUUACGACUCAAUAGAUGAAGUAGGAUCGAUUAACAUAGAAUAUUCAUGUGAUCUACAAAGAUUAUCCGAGAAAAUUUUACAAAGUAAUGAUAAUACAUCAUAUAAGAAAACUUGUAAAGACAAUAAUCCAAGUGAUGAAAUUGACGUUGAUAUUAAUAGUCAAAGUAAUUCGAACUUUUCCAACGUCUCAAACAAUACUUGUCAUGACGAAUUACGACAAAACACGGAAAUUCAACAAAUAUGCGAAAUCAGAAUAACUACGCCAGGAUGGUUGCGAAAUGCCAAAAGUGAAUUUCGUGAGACUCAGGACAAAAGAGACGUAAUGGGAUCACAUGUGCUGGCAAUUGCAAGAGCAAAAGAGUGUAAUCGUGCACUUCGAAGAAUGAAUAUUUCAAAUGAUAAUUCAGAGGAUAAAAUCAAAGUACCACAGAAUAAUGUUAAGACAACAAACGCAACUCUGAUCUCGGGAAGGGAAGAGCAUCACUCUUUUGAAUUAUCUACUAAUAUUGAUGGUGAUGGUAAAACUUCACCAUUAUUUUCCGGAGGAAGUGAUGGUUCGUUAUCUUUCAAAGAUAGUCUUAUAUUUGAAGGAAAAUCUUCCAUUAAUAUAGGAGAACAAUUAUUUCUUCCUCAACCAAUUGGUGGGAACAUGCGUUCAACUUUGAAAAUGAAUUAUAAAUAUUUCUUGAAGAAUGGGAACGACGAGGAAGAAUUAUCAGAGUCGAUUUCUACGGGUUCUUUAUCGGAUCAACAUAAAUAUUCUGGUGAUGUAGAUAAUUACUUCAUGCAAGCAGCGAAUUUUGACGAGUAUGAAACAGAAUACGAAGAGGAAGAAGUAAUUUUGACUUCUCAGCAAGAAUUAUUUCAGCAAUUAACGAGAGAUAAUGUUAAGCAACAAGGCGAAGAUUUUAACAAUAAUUUCACUUGCGCUCGUCGCAGCUACAAAAACGAUCCUAAUGAGAAUGACGUAAUUCUACUAGAAUAUGAGACAGAGUGUGAAGAGGAAGAAGUAAUUUUGACUUCUCAGCAAGAAUUAUUUCAGCAAACCAUGAAAGUUAACGUUACGCAACAGCAUGAAUUUUUUAAAAACAAUCCUAAUGAUAAAGAUAAAUAUUUAAAUUUUAUAACGGGAUUGAACAAUAGUUCUUCCAAUAAUAAUGAUUGCGAGGGGUUAAAUGAUACUUGCGAUUAUUUUGAGGAAGAAGAAUGGGAGACAAUGUUAAUAGGACAAACAGCAGCGUAUUCUUUAAAGGAAAAUGGGAGUAAAGAGAAUGAUAUGCAACGAACAUUUCAGAUUAUGAGCAAUGGUAAUAUUUAA